GAGGGGAGAGAGACAGACAGUAAGAGGGACAGGCAUAGUGGGAAAGAGAAGGAGACAGAGACAGAGGGAGGGAGAGAGAGAUAGGAAAAAAGAAGAAAGCGAGGGAGAAAAAGUUAGAAAGAGGGAGGAAGAGACAGAGAAGGUCAGACAGAGGGAGCGAGAGAAGAUGUGAUAGAGAGACAAUGAAUGAGAGAGAGAGAGACAGUAAGAGGGACAAAGACAGAGAAAGAGAGAGAGACAUAGAGGGAAAGAAACAGAGAGAGACAGAGAAAGAGAGUGGAAGAGAGAUGAAGGAGAGGGAGAGCGAAAAGGAGCAAUAGAAGGAGGGAGGGAGAGAGAGAGAGAGAGAGAGUAGCAGAGGGAAGUGGAGCAGUGAGGCAGUGAGGUGUAAAGACGCACACAGAGACACCACACCUCGAGCGGAUAAACGACAGAGCGAACGGUGCAGAGAAAGAGGACAAGGACAAAAAAAACGAGGGAAACUGAUAAAGGACACAAAGGAGGACAGAAGGAUGGAUUGAAGAUCGGAGUAAUUCUGAGAACUCACUCUAUUUCUCCAGGAAGAAAGGGGAGAGGAGGAAGAGAGAACGAGAGGAAGAAACAGUUCGAACAGAAACGAGGGGAAUCCCUCCUUUAUUUUUUACCCCAUGGGGUAGUUCAGUCCAAUCCGGUGCCCUCGACUCAGAGGAUGGAGUGAGGAGCGAAAAGGGGGGAAAGACAGACAGACGGACAGACAGACAGACAGAGAGACACCGAGAGACUGAGACACACUGACAGGAAGACAGACAGGUCGUGUGUCUCCACCAUGCCGGUGAUGAAGGGGCUCCUCGCCCCACAAAACACUUUCCUGGACACCAUCGCCACUCGCUUCGACGGCACCCACAGCAACUUUCUGUUGGGGAACGCUCAGGGUCACCGUGGUUACCCCAUUGUUUACUGCUCGGAUGGGUUCUGCGAGCUGACGGGCUUCGCCAGGACAGAAGUAAUGCAGAAGAACUGCAGCUGUCGCUUCCUGUACGGCUCCGGGACGAGCGAGCAGGUGGCCCAGGGCAUGGAGAAAGCGCUGGAGAGUAAAGAGGAGUACCAGGCCGAGGUCCAGUUCUACAAGAAAGACGGAACGUCGUUCUGGUGUCUGCUGGAUAUCGUUCCCAUAAAGAACGAGAAAGGAGAGAUGGUGCUUUUCCUUUUCUCCUUUAAAGACGUGACGGACUCGCACGGAAAGAGCCACCACGGCAACAGGAGAGAUGAUGAUAAGCAUCAGAGCAGGAAGAGCAGCAGCUCUCGGAUCAUUGCCGCUCGGAGGCGUGGCCACUCCGUCCUCUGCCAAAUCACCAGCCAGUUCAAACGUGGAGGAAAGAACGAUGUCAACCUCAGCGGCAACAUGUUCGAGAAACCGUCGUUGCCUGAGUACAAGGUUGCGGCGGUGCAGAAAUCCCGCUUCAUCCUUCUCCACUACAGCGUGAGCAAAGCAUUGUGGGAUUGGAUGAUCCUCCUGGCGACGUUCUAUGUGGCUGUGACGGUGCCGUAUAACGUGUGUUUCACGCCGUACGUCGAUUCGGACACGGAGGCCAGGAGCACCAUCGUCUCGGACAUCGCUGUGGAGAUGCUCUUCAUCCUUGAUAUCAUCCUGAACUUCCGCACCACCUACGUGAGCCAGUCUGGUCAGGUGGUUUACGAUUCGCGCUCUAUCUGCAUCCAUUACGCUGCUACGUGGUUCUUUGUGGAUUUGGUGGCCGCGUUGCCCUUUGACCUCCUUUACGCCUUCAACAUCACUGUCACGUCUCUGGUUCACUUGCUGAAGACGGUACGUCUGCUGCGACUGCUGCGUUUGCUUCAGAAGCUGGAUCGUUACUCUCAGUACAGCGCCAUGGUGCUCACACUCCUCAUGUCCAUGUUCGCUCUGCUCGCUCACUGGAUGGCCUGCAUCUGGUACGUCAUUGGACGGAAGGAGAUGGAGCGCAACGCUAACCAGCAAGACUGGGACAUCGGUUGGCUGCACGAGCUCGGAAAGCGCUUGGAGAGCCCGUACGUGAACAGUACGUCUGGAGGUCCGACUCUACGUAGCGCCUACAUCGCGUCGCUGUACUUCACCCUCAGCAGCCUCACCAGCGUCGGAUUCGGAAACGUCUGCGCUAACACGGACGCUGAGAAAAUCUUCUCCAUCUGCACCAUGCUGAUCGGAGCUCUCAUGCACGCGGUGGUGUUCGGAAACGUGACGGCCAUCAUCCAGCGCAUGUAUUCCCGCCGCUCGCUGUAUCACACGCGCAUGAAGGAUCUGAAGGACUUCAUACGCGUCCAUCGGCUGCCGCAGCAGCUGAAGCAGCGCAUGCUCGAGUAUUUCCAGACCACGUGGUCCGUUAACAACGGCAUCGACGCUAACGAGCUCCUGCACGAUUUCCCGGACGAGCUCCGGGCCGACAUCGCCAUGCACCUGAACAAGGACAUCCUGCAGCUUCCUGUGUUCAAGGGCGCGAGUCGCGGCUGCCUGCGGUCCUUAUCGCUGCACAUUAAAACCUCGUUCUGCGCGCCGGGCGAGUAUCUGAUCCGGCAGGGAGACGCGCUCCACGCUAACUACUUCGUCUGCUCCGGCUCCCUGGAGGUGCUCAAGGACAGCAUGGUGCUCGCGAUACUGGGAAAGGGCGACCUGAUUGGCUCAGACCUGCCAGGACAGGAUCACGUGAUUAAGACAAACGCGGACGUGAAGGCGCUGACGUAUUGCGAUCUGCAGUACAUUAGCGUUAAAGCGUUGAGGGAGGUGCUGGAGCUUUACCCCGAAUACGCCAGCGUGUUCACUGCCGAUAUCCACCACAACCUCACCUACAACCUGAGAGAGGGCAGUGAGGCUGAGGGUCUUGCGAGGUUCUCACGUUCUCCAAGGUUCCUUCACAACAAUCGAAUGGACUCAAGAGCAUCAACAGACGGAAAGCAUCCCUGCAUGAUCGAAACCGGUGGAGAAGCGGAUGAACACUGUCACCUUUCUCCAGCGUCGAGAUCCCGCCGGAACCUUCUCCUCCCGAACCUGGGGAACCUGCUGGGUGACGAGCUGCGGCAGUUUAACGCUCUACGCCGCUGCCGUUCCCCGGUGAGAGGAACCUGUAGAAGCAUGUCUCCAAAACCACACCCCAAAUCCGACCAUCCUUCACAUGACGCACCCUCCACGACUCAGGAGGGAUUCGCCGCACGGAAACCCAACAAACUCCUCAUUCCUACACUCAGCUGCUUCGCACCGCCUGACCUCAGCCCGAGGGUGGUUGAUGGAAUUGAAGAUAAUGGACGUGUGUUUCACUUCAGCACCGAGCACAGCAGGACCAGCACUAGUACAGCAAAAGGUACACUGAGAGCAUGCAUACACACACACACACACUCACUGUACCACGUCACUGUACCAUGUACCAACACCCAUUCAAACACACUAAUGCACUCAAAUCCACUAAUGCAGCAGGAUAAGAAACACCGCUCGCUCUCCCCCUCUCUCUUUAUUUUGUCUUUCCUUCCUUCUCUCUUUAUUCUUUCUGUUUUUAAUUUGUCAUCCAUUUUUCAUAUUUUGUUUAUAGACAACGAUCAGGUGAACAGCACAUUGCUCCAGGAGACGGAGGAGGUGCGAGAGAGCAUCAGUCAACUCAACAAAAAGAUGGUCAGCCUAAACCAGGAAGUGUCUCAGCUAACGAAGGACCUGCAUCACAUGAUGCACCUUCUACAAGCACAAGCAGCAGUUCAUCAUUACCCCACCUCCAUGUCCUCCUACCCCUACGGAGUGCACAUGAUGCACGCAAACACUGCGGCAUACACCACCGGCGUGCACUCUCAUCAGGAAGCUCAAGGCCUUUAUCAUCCACACCAUCAUCUUCAGGCUGAGAAGAUCGUCCAGAUCGGGGCAAGUGCAUGGAGCCACACGUCAGAAAUAGGUGGAGGUUGGACAGGUGCGCCCGCACAACCCGAAGUUUUCAGACACCUUCCUCAUCUUGAUCCUAACAGCACCUGUGAUCCUGCUUCCUGUAAAUCAAGCUUAAUUAACAUUAACACCUCCACUUCCUCCUUCUAUCCAGCAAAAGGAUACAAGAAACAGGAAGCGGCAGGUCAGGAUCACGGCAGCCUCGCUAACAUCAGUCGCUCUCAGCCUGUUCUGUUCAACCGGGACAAACCAAACCAAGUCUCUUUAAAUCUUCAUUUACUUUCCAGCGCUCCAACAUCCACUCACUCCCUGCUAAUCGCUAAUCGCACAAAUCCGAUCCACCACAAUCCUCCGGCCACUAGCGAACCAAAUCUGGAAUUAGAUAGUGACAUUCCAGACGCAGUCCUGGAAGAGGUCAGUGAGGACCGGGAAGACGCUGUCCUGCUGUCAGAUUUGAGCAAAGUGGGACACACAAGUCGCGAGUGCCUGCUAGCAGACGACGGAUCUGCGGAAAACCAGGACAUCGAGACUUCAGAAUCAGAAUCAACGAAGCCUGAUGUUGGGACUCAAAAUGAAAGCAGCGGCUCUGAAACUUCCUGGUGCCUCGACCUGAUGGACUAAUCCAAGACUCUAAAGAAAGUAUAUCCAAAAUGUUUGCAGUGAUCUUUUUUUUUUUUUGACAAGGGAUUGUCUUUUCCGUCCCGCCCGUGCAAAUAAUUUAAUAACUAUGCAAGACGCAUGUUGAUUGUGCAUUAUUCCUUAUUUACUCAAAAAAUACUCAGUAUACCACACGAAUAGCUUGCCUUUGAAAUUACGCACAGUCGGGUCCAAAAGUCGGAGUCCACAGGUUCUUGUCUGAGAAGAAUUAUUAGUACUCUGUACAUUUCACAUUAUCGUUCUAAAUGUUUCCAGCCAAUAAGAAGACACUGUACUGGUUGUACGUGUGGCAGUCUGGGAAAACCCAUCAGAUGUCGCUGCGAUGGAAUCCUGCACAUAUUCAAUAAUCUACUUUGGUGUCGGUAGUUUAAGAAACCUCGAGUAUAUUUCGGCAAAAUGUUAUUAUUCAGAUUUUCUAACAUUUCCUUGGCAUCUUCUUGUAAAGCUCAUGUUGUGUAAGGAGCCAGGAGAAAAAAAAAAUCCAUCUGCCUAAAGAUGUCUAAAACCUUGCUAGAAACGUGAUCAAGUUGUUGGAUAGUUCCAUAGCCGCAGCGACAUGUUAGCAAUCAGAUCAGAUAUCAGAUGUUAAAUUGUCCGCUCAUAUCAUCAUCAAAACAAAGAAGAGCACUUACAAACCCUGUAGAGAUGACAGAGUUUUAAAACUAUCUUUAAAAUGACCGAAUACAAUGACAAGAAAUGUAGCUAACAAGGCAAUCAGAGAUUAUUUCCCCACCGAUGUUAGCGUGAACCGAGCUCAGUGGAGUGAAGAGACGACGAUGAGGCUCGUGUUUAAACACCGUAAGUGAUUUUUUACCUCAGGUGAUGAGAUUCUGACUGAUGACUGAUGUGAGAACUCAUUUCCCGUUAAACUUAACAGGAAGUUGAGUAAAUUUUGAUGUUUAGAGGGAUUUAAAAUGCUAGAACUUUCCUUCUAGUUCAGCACAGAAAAACAUUUUUCUUUAAAAAAAAAAAACAACUUUUCAGAACUAUAGAAAGUAAAAGAUUUCCAAACUGAAGGGUUUUCCCGGACCGCCACAUAUUUUAGUGAAGGAUGAUGAGGAGUGUUAACAGGAGGCAGACUUUUGGACUCGAUUGUGUUUGCCGUGGUGAACUAUCAGGGUGUUUAUCAAACCUUUUUUUGGGCAUUUGAAUAAAUAAAGUGGAUUGCCGACGUAAACAAUCCGCCGUGUAGCAUUUUGACGGUAGCAUUCGCUCGAGUUAUUCCAGACUAGACGCAUCAUACUAGAUGCAUCCUAAACUUCUCUAUAUAUUUUAUUCUGGUAGAAUCUAUGUUCUGUAUUUCUUCUUACCUUCGUGCAUGGUAAAGUUUAUCGUUCUUUUUUCCUAAGGAAAAGGUAUCAAGUGAAAUGUGUUCACAUUAUGAAUGUUUGAAGGGAAGGACUUCGCGAAAUUUAGCACGUGCACUGUUAGACUGCUUUUCUUAAAACGAAUCAUUUCUGAGAAUUUCAGUACACACACACACACACACACGCACAAAAAAAAAAAAAAAACUCCCAGACUCUUCGAUCACGGUUUAAAAUCUACUCGCACAUCAACAACAUAACAUUUCUUUCAUUAGCGCGAUGAUGCAGUAUGUAAGAGUUUAUUAAUAACUGGAAACUUACAUCAGGUUUUGUUUGCUUUUCUGUUUACUGUAAAGGUCUUACAGAGCUGUGUGUGUGUGAGUGUGUGUGUGUGUGUGAUGCUGCAGCUUACACUGUUUCACAUUUGCCUAAGUGUGUAUUUUACACUCAUGAAUGAUUAAUGAGAAAUUGUUAGCAGUGAGCGAGAACUCGGUGAAAGAACGACAGGAAUAGUGGGCAUUACGCAACACACACACACACACACACACACACACACGCGCACACACACACACACACACACACACACGCACACACACACACAGACGCACACACAGACGCACACCCGCACAGGUCUGGGCAGUUUUCAAGUGGUUUUUGCAAUUCAAUUCAAGUUCAUCAGAAUUUUUCAAAAUAAAUCAGAAAAAAAAAAACCCUUAAACGCUUAUUUCUAUAAAAACGUUUAAAUCUCUUUUUAACAACAUUUUGUUACUGCUGUACGAAUAAUUCUGAGAUUUUUCCUGAAUGUGACUGCAACGCAGCUAAUGUGAUUUAUUCCCUUUAAAAUGUGAAUUUUCAUUUAAUUAAUCAGUAUAACUUAUUUAUUUAUUUAUUUAUUUAUUUAUUUGAAUUCCCCAUUAAAUAUCUAAAACAUAUAUAUAUAUAUAGUAUAUUUCACAUAUAUAUAAAAUUAACAUUUAACAAUAAUUCCGCACCAAACGGAAUUACUAUAAGGAUUCUUUUUAAAAAUAUAGCGAUGUGACACCUUACACCAUCGAAUACUUGAAUUAUUACUAUUAUUAUUAUUAUUAUUAUUAUUAUUAUUAUUAUUAUUUUGCCUGAUGAUGAACUUCAUCUCUGUCUCUUCUGAUCAUGGCGGUGUUUCCAUGUGACUGUAACAUAAACCCGACGGUAUUUGCAUCUUUCGCAUAUUUACUCUCAGAGAAAGCGUAUAUACUCUGUAGAUCCGUUCUGCAUGAUGAGCAUUCCUUCAUUAUCUUCGGUUUGAGCAUGAAAUGUAAAAAAAAAAAAAAAUUUGUUAUAAUAAAAAAAAAAAAAAAUUUAAGUUUGUCACUGAAU